AUGGCGUUAAAUGUGAACUCCUGUUUGAUGCUGGCGUUGUGCGCCUGUGUUGCGUCGACUAUUCGAGCAGAGUGCGGGAAGGACUGUGCGCUCUGUAUCUAUCGCUUAAUGGGUCAGCAAACAGAGAGCAACUCUUUGGCAUGUACAUUAGAAUGUGAAGGGACUGUGGAUGCAAGGAAGCUCGACCUCUGCAGAAACACUCUGACCGAGGAGGAACGCGUUGCCGUUGACAACCUCAAGGAGGAAGGCGAGAGCGCGGAUCAUCUGCUGUCAAAGAAAUACGGUGGUUUCAUGAAGCGAUAUGGAGGCUUCAUGAUCAAGAAGGCAGAGGAGCUGGCAGGGGGAGCCCAGGCUGAAGGCGACAACCCUCAGAUGGUGAGCAAAAAGUAUGGCGGUUUCAUGAAGAAAGAUGGAACAGAAGGCAGAGAAGAGGACAAGCAACUUAACAUGUUGAGAGAGAUCCUCAACAUGGGCCUCAGCUCAGAGGUGGAGGACCAACGCGACGGUGGCGUUUCCAAGCGUUACGGUGGCUUCAUGAGAAGUGUACAGGGGAGCAGUGGCCAGGAAGAAGCAGGCAAAGAAUUGCAAAAGCGUUACGGUGGGUUCAUGCGCAGGGUAGGCAGGCCAGAGUGGCUUGACGAUCACAAGAGCUACAGUGGGAUUCUCAGGCGCUCAUGGGGGGAUGAGAGAGAGACCAGCUUACCCAACAUGGAGAAGAGAUAUGGGGGUUUCAUGGAUUAA